AUGGGAUCGGGAAAAGAUACCGCAGAGUUCUUCAGGAGAAGGGAUGCGUGGAGGAAGCAUCCCUUGCUCACCAAUCAGUUCCGUCACGCCACCCCUGGCCUUGGCAUCGCCCUCGUCGCCUUUGGAUUCUAUCUCGUCGGCGAACAAAUCUACGAUCGACUCUAUGCACAUCCUCAUGCUGCUCAUGUGAAAGCCGAGAACCACCACUAG